GUGGUGGUGGCAGUAGACUCGCCGCGACGCUACUGUCAGCCACCCGCCACCGUCGUGACGCUCUCUACCACCGCUAGCCCGCUCCUUGUACUUGUUGCUCAUCAUUUUGCGGUGUUCACUCGUGUGCUCAUUUUGUGAUUCUUUCUCCAGCAGAUCCUUCGUCGUGACGAGGCGGGAGAUGAUGAAUGGUUGUCCCAGAGAGCCUCACCAGUCACUCGUGUCACAGAUGACACUCCCCUACAUCCUUUGGAGAAAAUAAAGUGACGUAUCAAGUAAAAUACUAUGAAUACUUCCGAGUUCUAUACGUUACCAACGUUCGCGCUGCGAUCUCGUUUCUCUAAUACAUUAAAAUUUAUGGAAAGUUUUAGCUUUGUAAGGUUUAAAGAUUCCACUUUGAAAUUUCCAACGACAUAAACAUACAUGACGCUUGUGGUUCUAAAAGUUUGCGUUCUAAUCGUUGUAAUAUAUUGCCAAGUAAAUUUUUUGAUAUAUAUGUUCCUGUCUUGGAUAAGAAAUUAUUUUAAGUAGCACUUAUUAAAAAGCACGUAAUUCGAAUAAAACAAUGGUUCCAUACAACAUCGGCAUAUCGAGGGCGAGUGAUUGACACUUAUUGAAAACGUUCAUAGGAUAAAGCUUAUCAGUAUUAAAAGAUGAACUUUACCUAUUAUGAAGCUUUCAAGCGCAACAACUCAGAACCAUUAUUGAAUGUGACUAACAACGUAACGUCAGGCGAGUAUGUCAACAACACCUACCAGGGAAAUAUAAUCGACAAUAAGGCGGUCCAAGCUGUGUUCUGUCUCCUGUACACGUCCAUCUUCGUGCUGGGCCUGUUCGGGAACGUACUGGUGUGCUAUGUCGUGGCCAGAAACAAGGCCAUGCACACCGUCACCAACUGCUUCAUCACCAACCUAGCCCUCUCCGACAUCCUGCUCUGUGUGCUGGCCGUGCCCUUCACUCCGCUCUACUCUUUCCUGGGACGUUGGAUAUUCGGGCGUUUGCUGUGUCACCUUGUCGCCUACGCCCAAGGAACGAGUGUCUACAUAUCCACACUAACACUGACAUCAAUAGCCAUCGAUCGUUUCUUCGUCAUUAUCUACCCCUUCCAGCCUCGCAUGAAGCUGUCCACAUGCCUCCUCAUCAUCGCCAUCAUCUGGGUGUUCAGUCUGCUGGUCACUCUACCCUACGGUAUAUACAUGACGCACAACACGCUCGAGAGCACACACUACUGUGAGGAGAACUGGCCUUCUGAGAAGUUCAGGCAGGUGUUCGGAGGUAUGACGGCGACCAUGCAGUUUGUGUUGCCUUUCUUCAUCAUCGCCUUCUGCUAUGUAAGAGUGUCGCUGAAGCUGAACGACAGAGCGCGCUGCAAGCCGGGCUCGAAGAACACGAGGAAGGAGGAAGCAGACCGGGAGCGGAAGCGACGUACCAACCGGAUGUUGAUAGCGAUGGUGACGAUAUUCGGUGUGUCGUGGCUGCCCUUGAAUCUCAUCAACCUGCUAAAUGACAUCUACAUUCCCACCGGCACCUGGACCUACUACUACCUGGCAUUCUUCAUGGUGCAUGCUCUCGCCAUGUCCUCGACCUGCUACAACCCGUUCUUGUACGCCUGGCUCAACGACAACUUCCGCAAGGAGUUUAAACAGGUGUUGCCGUGUUUUGAUGCCAGCAGAUCAGGUGGUGCCGGAAGUGCUGGAAGUACUGGGCGGUUGGGAGCCUGGCGCUCUGAGAGGACCUGUAAUGGCAACGAAACCUGUCAGGAAACUUUACUUCCUACAUCUGUGGUCAUCCCUAACAAGUUGGGCGGGGAUUCACCUCCUGCCAACAUCCCUGCUGACGCGAAUAGAGGGGGCUGGAUAAACAAGAGUCACGACAGUGUGGAGGUGGUGCUGGUCGCGUACACUGCCGGUGAGGAUGUUGUACACAUCACUGACCCUUCGGAGAAAACCAAGGACAAGGAUAAGACACAUCUAACAGCGGAGAUAGUCUAGCAGCGACCAAGAAAUCGAAGGAUUACGUUUUCGUCAAAAAUAGUAUAAAAUUUAUAAAGUUGUAAAUUUAUCAACUGCUCAAUAUACAACUAGAAAAGGACGAAGAAGUUAUACUACGUAAUAAAUUAUACUGUACUUUCGUGUUUAUUGUUGAGUGUUGUCACUGUCUCACUGUACAUAUAGUUUUAAGAUUAGAUAGCGAUACGUUGACAUAUACUCAUUUAUAAUGCUUGAAAUACAUGUUGUACAGAUUAUAACAUGUAUUUAAUUAUUAUACACUUUGGGUUUUUAAAUUUCUCUUGAUUAAAUAUACUCCGAACAUUGUAUUUAGAUUGGUGUUGUUUUAUCUUUCAGUUCAAUCGCUUAACUUUGAUUGUUAAAGGUUAGUACCGCAGACUUUGGUGUAGCUUUAAUUUCUGUAUUUUUAGUAGUAAUUUUAAAUAUAAUGUUUAUAUAUGAUAUUUUAAAUACUCUUAACUAUUUUUAAUGAAAAGACUGAUAUGUAUGAAGUUUAUUAAUUAGUAUUGUGAGUUUCCUGUAAUGUUGCAAUAAUAUUCUAAUUUCAUUUAAAAAUGAAAACAUUUAGUCACACAGUAAUAUACUUACAAACUAGAAACUUUUUUUUUAAUUUUUGUAGGUAAUUUUUUAUUUUAAAUUACUUAGAAUUCUAAUAAAAGUAUUUAUUUAAAAAAAUAAUAGUAUCAUAGGUUUUCACGCAUAAUGAAAUGCUAAACUAGCAUGAACAUUUCUCAUAUUGGGUAUGAAAUAUAAGUUUAUAAGUAACAACAGAGACCACUUUCUAUAUUUAUUUACUCGACUGAUUGAGGUAUAUUUAUAAUAUUCUUCUAAGUUUAAUGUCUUUCUUGAAUAUAUAUUAUAAAUCAUAUGUUGGAGGUGCAGGCGUGAUGAACUCAGAUUAAGGCCUAUAUUGUACCAUGGAUGUAAUUACUGAGUGUACAACUGUACAAUAUUUGUUAUGUAUGCUUUUUUACUGUAAGUUAUAUAUUAUCGUGUUAUGAGUUACUGUGUCUGUGUACAUGUUGCUAACUCGGGCGUCGAACUGAGGGCUUUAGACUUGAGCUCCUCUCAAGCCACCAGUUCCCCGCCAGGUUUGCCAAUAAAUAUAUUUAUUUUUUA